UCCACAGGACAGGGCACUGAAGCAGCAGCAGCAGGACCGUCCUAAAAUCUCUGGUUGUAAAUAAGUCAUGAUAAAGAAAGUGAUGAAACAUUGAAGAUAUGCUAGGAAGUAUGCCAGGCAAAGGGUUAUAUAAUGCAGGUAUUUUUAAAACACUGCUUUGCAGGGAGUAAUUAGACACUUUGUCUCUGUGAAUGUUUUGCAGUCCUGCAGUGGAAAGGGGUGUGUCUUCUACAAGGUUGUGCUGGGUUACUCACAAGCUAAUACUACUAACUAUUACAACAACAAAAACAAGUAUUAUAUUUUACUUGCAAACCAUUAUUGUUGCAGCUGCUUCUAGGAAUCAUUAUGUUCAGUCAGAGUUUGUCUGGGUUUGCGGCAUUUAAUAGACUUUUCCAAUUAAAUCCAACUCCAAUGAAAACAUCCAAUAAAGUGUCUCUUUUGUUUAGAGAACACUUUUAUAAAUACAUUAAAGUGCUGAUAAAAAGGCAUGGGGCUGGGAGACACUCAACCCUUUACUGUAACCUCAAACCAAAGUGGUAAGGAAUGAUUACUGAACCACUCUGCUCACGGACUGGAGACUACAGCGAGACAGAGUCAGACUCCAUACUCAAGGUUUGAAGGUUUGAAUGGAGGUAGGCUCCCACACAUACUGUGCUCUUCUGAUGUUGUCAGAUAGUAGGUUGCUGUCUGAUGGCUGAGGUUCAUAUCAGCGAAAUUUGCGUGUGUGUGUGUGCACUCAAUUUCAUCAUAUUUCAUCGACUGCAUCAUCAAGCUAUGAUUAAUUCCAUACUACUACUACAACCUCUAGAAAAUUAUUAAUAAUAAUAAUUAUAAUACCUUAGUAAAACCAUGUUCAUUCUUCAUUCUAAUUAUUAUAGAAUCAUUUUUGCACACAUUCAUUUCAGUGACUACCACCUCUGUGAUGCCGUGCAAGUAAAAGAAGAAGAAAUCUCUAAAGGGUGAGCGACAGCUGCCUCCAGUGAGACAAGCGGCAGGAUGCCCAGGGUGCCAGUGAAUGCCCGACUCCACCAGGCCACACCCGUCACCUGCGCCCUGACUUGCUCCUGGCUCAUCCUCCUCACCCAUGCCACACUUGCCCAGAAGCCCGCCAAGCUGCCUCUGAUUGGCCGAAAGCCCUUCAUCGCAGCCUGGAAUGCCCCCCUGGACCUGUGCACCAGCAAGUACAACAUCAGCGCCAACCUCAACCUCUUCCACAUCAACGGCAGCCCCCGGGCCCUGCGGACGGGCCAGAACGUCACCAUCUUCUAUGCCAACCGGCUGGGCCACUACCCCCACUACACCGAGCAGGGCAGGGCCGUCAACGGAGGCCUGCCGCAGAACUGCAGCCUGGAAUCCCACCUGCGCAAGGCCCGCCGGGACAUCUGCCACUACAUCCCCUCCGAGGACUUCCGCGGGCUGGCCGUCAUCGACUGGGAGUACUGGCGUCCGCAGUGGGGCCGCAACUGGCACAAGAAGGACAUCUACCGCAGGAAGUCACGCGAGCUGGUGUCACGGGCGUACGUUAACGUGACGGCGGAGCAGGUGGAGGAGCUGGCCCAGCGCAGGUUCGAGAGGAGCGCCAUGGCCUUCAUGCAGAGCACGCUAGAGCUGGGCAUCAGCACCCGCCCGCACGGCCUGUGGGGCUUCUACCUCUACCCCGACUGCCACAACUACAACCUGCACGAGCGCAACUACACAGGCUCCUGCCCCCUGCUGGAGAGCUUGCGCAAUGACGAGCUGCUCUGGCUGUGGAACAGCAGCACGGCGCUCUUCCCCUCCAUCGCCAUCAGGAGGUCCCACGCCAACAGCGUCAGCAACCUCCACUUCUCCCAGUACCGCGUGCUGGAGUCGCUGAGGAUCGCCUCCCUCACCUCCACGGACUUUGACCUCCCCACGUUCGUCUACCUGCGGCUGGGCUACAGGGACGAGGCCCUGACCUUCCUCAGCACGAAGGAUCUGAUCCACACUAUUGGGGAGAGUGCUGCCUUGGGUGCUGCUGGCUUUGUGAUAUGGGGCGACCUCAACCUCACGUCCUCCUCACACAAUUGCUCCAGGGUGAAGUCGCUCUUGGGAAGCAGACUGGGCCAGUACAUCACCAACGUGACGCGUGCGGCCGAGGUGUGCAGCGACUUCCUGUGCCAAAGCAACGGAAGGUGCGUGCGGAGGGAGUUGCGUGCGCCACAUUACCUUCACCUCAGCGGCAACAGCUACCACAUCGAGCCCUCGGGGGACGGGGAGUUCACCGUCACAGGCUGGCACUCGCAGCAUGAGCUGCAGCUGCUGGCGAGCAGAUUCCGCUGCCACUGUUACCAAGGUUAUGGCGGUGAGCGCUGCGACAGCCUCGAUGUCCCGGAGGAGACCGAGAACGCCGCUGUCAGGACUGGAAACUCCGUAGUGUUUACCGUUUUGCUCGUUAUUUUGAGCUUUAUAAUAUGAUGAACUGACUAUCAGACUCUGACUGAAGGCACAUUUAAGUUCAAUCGUAUUACCAAAGCAUUACCAAAACAGUCCGGGUAUUCCUCGCAAAUAAGCUCGACGUAGCAAUAAGCUCGUGAACAUUGAAUAUGUUCUUCGGUUUUUAUAUUGCAAAGUUUAUUUUUGUAUUGUAGCCUACAUUCUGAGCCAGUCAUUAUGGAUUAAUGCUGCAUAUGUAUGGUUUUAUUACCAGUUGUAAUACGUGUAAACAUUAUGUGUAAAAGAAACGAGAAAUAUGUAUUAGGAUACAUGAAUAGAAAUGCAUCAGGGAGUAUGCCGGCAUAGCUUUUCUUUUUCGUCCCAAAUAAUAAAUGCAUUUCAAUGAGUAAUGGGAUAAACUUCUGCAGGUGCAUGGUUGGAAUGAUUUGGUGACAUGAAUAAAAAAUGAAACGAUUAUCCUAAUGAAUUGUGGAGGGUGCAGGGUGGUUACUUAAUUAAUAGUGGCAGAGACUACAGAGAGGCAAACUGAAAAGUGACCACCUCUACCCAGUUUUUUUUCACCACCUUUAAGAUAGUAUGUGUGACUUAGCGCUGUGGGUAGGGUUUGGAGAUUUUCAUUGACAGACCGUCUUCUCUUGAACAGGAAUGUAAUCUGCAUACUGUAUGAUGGCACUGUGUUGCUUGAAUGUAAUACCACUAGAUAAAAUGGCAUAAUCAUUCUACUAAUCACAUAAUUGUUGCCUUUUAAGCACUCAAAUGUAGUCUGCGGUGUUAUUCUUGAAUAUGCUGUGAAUCUGUUGAGUGAUGGUUGAGCUAGAGGUGGUUGAAACUGUGUUUAGUUUUACCCAACUGUUGCACAUAGAAUCAUGGGAGACCAAAGCAAGUAUGCUUUUUCUAGGCUAUACAAAACUGUUUUUCACUGAUAAUAUCGUUCCAAUGUCAAUACACAAAACACACAGACAUGCAGCAUUUGCUUGAAAAGCUAACCAAAUAUCAGUAAUGAGAAGGGGGUAACCAUAUGCACCAUUAAAUGUGCUAUAUUAUUUCUCCCCUCUCUGUAUAUGUCAGUGUUCAGCUCAUUGGAGCUCAUUGGAAUAAAGACAGGAACUAUCAUUGAAAAAAAAUCUGGCAAAUAGUGCCUUUAAGCUGCUCCUCUAUGUUUUCCAGACCGUGAAUGAUAAGAAAUGACAAACACAGACACACCUGCGUGCACAUACAGACACACACACAGGUGCACACGCACACAAAUACACACACGCCUGGAAGUAAUCUCAUAUUUCAGGCCAGUAGACUGCUAGCUUAGGAUACUGAACUGAACACACACUGCACCACAAAUUAUCAAUAUCUGACAUCAUCCACCCUUCAGAAAAGUCAACAUUAUGAAGGGCAAUUCAAUUCUCGGAUAUGUUUAAACAAGAUAAAAGUGUGACCAAACCUAGCAUUUGAAAAGAGUGCACUUACAGUAAAGUGAUCUAAAUGAAACAUUUCAACUGCUUAUAAAAUGCAUGGCUACAAAUUAUUAAACCGUAUAAUUGAA